AUGAAGACGGUGACUUUUAUUGCCGUCAUCGCCGUCUCGCUUUACUGCGUCGGUGGUGACCACCUGGUGGUGGGGAACGUCGCCAACAGGGUGGUGCUCGCUAACCACACGGUGGUGGAAUACAACGCCAUCCCAUUCAUUAAGAGGGUGAAAUACUACUUCUACUCUUCCCCAGAUAACAAGAAGAUUCAGGGAAUCCAGAUGUUGGACGCGCUACACAGCAAGGCUUCCGCCAACAUAACGGCCGGGGGUGUGGGUCAUCCCUUUGUCAAUAUACGCAUGAAGAGCGAACGCGGCACGGGGAUCAAAUACGACGUCGGGAUUUACGUCAACCCCAAUUACCUA